GCCAUUGCUAAAGAAAAGGAGAAUUUGACAGUGUGGAUACGGGCAUAGCUAAACCUUGGGAGUUUAUAAUUAAAAGAUUAUUUUGCCGAUUUUGCAUCAGGCGAAUGGAUAGUGCUUGUGUAAUGUUGUGAUGUGCAACUGUGUGAGCGCAAUGGAUUAUACUCAACAUGGAUAAUCGCUAAUUUUUCCUUUUUGUUUGUGGUGUUGUGGUGGAUAGUAAAAGGCGAUGGAGGCGAAACAGAGAAAUGGGGGGACGACUACUGGAAACAGACGCCGCCGUGACCGAGCUGCUCGGAUGCAAAAACGGCAACAACGGCAGUGUGCUGUUGCAGAAAUCAGUGAAAAUGAAGAGUCACCCCCCGUUCGACAAAAACGACCACCCACACGUAAAAAAAGAAUUAAAGAACCCGUAUUCCAAGAGGAUAUUGUAGAUGGAUUUGCCUUUUUGUGUUUCAAGUCGUACGAGGAUUUAGAGCGCACUGUAAAUAAAUAUGAUAAAAAACCAGAUGUGGAUGGUGUUAGCACAGAAGAAAAUAAUCCUAGGCAAAACACCACCACAGAUGCCGAUCAUCCUCCUGUUCUUGAAGAAUCACUGCCCCAUCUGGAAAAGAAGCCCAAGUCAAAGAAAAACAACAACACAUUGCCAAAAGUGAAAAAGAAAAAUUAUGUAAAUAAUAAGGCUCGGAAUAAUAUUAAAGGUCCUUGUCUGACGAAUGAUGAAAAUUCAAAACCCGGUGAAGAAAUCCUUGAAACUCCCAGGAGUACAUCUCGGGACCAACUCAGUGAUGCAAGCAGUCAUGCAAGCUUAGAAAAAGGAUAUGAGUGUGAUAGUGAAAGUGGAGAUGAAAGAGCAUCAGAACCUGAAUGUGAUUUAUUUAGCUCUAAAGUUACGGAUAGUAACUUUAUAGCAAAGAAAAACAAUCCUGGUCAUUCUCAAAGCUGCCGAUCGCCCCCAGUGUUGCCACCUAUCCACCCAGUUCACAAUGGAACUCAUCAUCCAGAGCCUUCUACUGCUGUAGCGGCUGUAACAGCUAGUUCCAGCCCAGCAAACACUUCAUCAACUAUGGUUGUAGGUUCCACUAGUCCACGGGAGCCCCAGAUAGGUAGCCCUGCAGUCAUUCCUGUUUCCUGUUCAUCACCUGCUUCACCCCCAUCUGGUGUUGUUCCUGCCUCACCACCACCCUUCUUACAUAAGGGUCCUCCUCCUUCAGUGAAUGCCAAGGACAGUGCUUCCAGUAGCAAACUCCUCAGCAACGGGUAUGAGUUCGUGUCGGAUACAUCUCCGCCUUCGCCAUUAGCUGCGGCCAAGUUAAUGUCACCCAGCAAGUACCUCCAUAAGAGGGUGCCACCAGUGCCUUCCUGCAGGGACAGUGUGGCUACAUUGAACAGCAAGCCAGCUAUCAAUGUUUAUGAUUUUGUUUCAGAUCAUUCGGCUCCUUCAUCUCCUGAUGGAGUCAUUUUUAUAUCGCAAUCCAAAUUUCUCCAUAAAGGUAUUUCUCCUCCUGUAGCUACUACUGCCAUUAAAGAUUCUCCUUCUUCAACGGACAAAGUGAGUAAUGGGCAUGCCACAAACAUGUGUGCAUCGUCACCACCACCCAGGCUUGCAUCUCCUGUUAUCCAGAACAAUCACAAUAAAAGUGCUUUGGACAUGAGCAUUAAAAACAAUGUGUCCAUGGUCAAAACUGAACAACAGCAACAACAUCAGCAGCAGCAGCAGCAGCAGCAACAACAACAACCACCUACCAUCCUACCUCCUGCCUCUGGAGAUUUGAGGCUGCAGUCAUCUCCAGGGCAGUCAAGGUCAUCAUACAGCAUUCCAUACUCUACCUCUCAACCCAUUCGUAAGAUGACUUCUUCCCCCAGGAUGUCGCCUCUCACUAUCCCAACAUCACUGUCAUCUCCAGCCCAUAGUGUACCUCCAGUCUUGCCAGUUUCACCUGCAACAGUAAUUUCAAUACGAACUACAACUACGACAUCUGUAACGAUGUCCAAUGUGUCGCAGACACUUGCAACAAGGUGUCGGAGUCCAGUGGUGACUGCGUCACAUUCAAAUACUCCGACACCAAUUCCUGCCAGAGAUACGCACAGUUCCCACAGUAAUAGUAGUUUGUCUAGCCUCAGCCAGUUGAGCACACCGGUGCACAAAGAGAGAGAUGGGGGUGGUAGCCGCAGUCACAGCAAUUCCAGCAACAUGGCUCCAUCUGCCAGUGCUGCCUUAACUAGCGCGCCUGCAUAUGCCUCUGCCAGCAGCUUGGCAGGUUUAGUCUUCUCAAAGCCUCAAAGUUGGAGUGGCAACUCCAGCACAACAAACACAAUAUCAGUCUCAGCAACUCGCUCCUCAACACCUCAACAAAGGGCUUCCCCUGCUCUCAGCAGCAGUGGUAGCACAAGCAUCCCUCUUGCUCCCACACUUCCGCCUGCGCAUCAUACUUCUCCCUUUGGCAACCAUGCUGGGCCUCCACCACCACCUCUGCUUCCGGUUGCCUCUCAUCACAACAUGUUCACCACUGGGUCUUUGACACCAACUCUACCUCUGGAGGCUUCGGCUGGUCCAUCGCCUUACAGAGCAGAGACGCUCUUCCCACAACAUAAUGAAUAUAAAAAACAUCCUGACUUCCUAAGGAGAGAACUUGAUACCCGGUUUUUGGCCUCUCAAGAUCAUUCCAUUCCAAUUCCUCCUCCUCCCUACAUGCAAAGUGAGGUUCAACAUCAUAGUCAGAUUCACCAGCAGGCGCCUUUUAUUGCUCCUCCUCCUCUAGGCGCUCCAAUGGUGACGCAACAACCUACACACUUAACACUCCAGAGUCCUGGAAAUGUAGGUUUUGUCGUAGAUAGCUGUGAGGACAAAGAAGUUGGGGCCUUACUAUGUUGUGGAAUAAAUUAUGAAAAAUAUCCCAAACUGGAUUCUUCUCUGUACAGACGGCCUUCUAUUGGUUUGUCCAAUUACCCCCCUGUUUCUUCCUUGUUUGCCCCCGGUGGAGGGGCUUCCACUCCCUUUGUUCCUCCUGCCCAUCUUGCAGCUAUACAGCCAAAGAUCAAUUCUGUUCCCAAAACCAAAAGCAUGAAACCUGGAAAAUGGUGUGCUAUGCAUGUGCGAAUAGCAUGGGAAAUUUACAAUCAUCAACAAAAGCAGAAACAAGCCGAGGCCCACAAAGCUGGCAUGGCUCUAGCAUCUGUAAAACCUCCAGAUCACCUACAUGCUGCUAAUCAUUUGUUCUGUUCUCUGCCAAGAACACAUGAAAUGUCACCAUUUUCAAGCUCUCUGUUGUCUGCUGCUGGUCUUAUUUAUUCAUGCAAUUCUGUUGCAGCUUCAGGCCAUCCGAGAACGUUCGAAACAUCAUCUCAUCCUUCAACAUUCCUGAACCCAACACCAGCUCAUUUGGGUCCCUUUGCUAGACCCGGCUAUUCUACAUUUGCUGGAGCAGCUCCAGGAUUCAGUAGUUUGGGUCCUCUUGGUCUUCCAGGUCCCUCUAUGCUGGGUGCAGAUUUGCGUACAUCUUGCCUUCCUGGGCAGGAUCCAUGGGGUCAGCGUACCUCUCUUCCAUUUGGAGGUGGUUCCCCCUGGGGGGGAUUGAAAGAAGAAGCAGAAAGAGAUAGAAUACAACAAGAGCGAAAGAGAGAAGAGGAGAGGCAAAAAAGGGCUGAGCAAGAAAAGAGAGAACGAGAAGAAAGGUCAGUCUUAGCUUCUGUCCUGUUGGCUGAUUUGAACUUUGAUUUUACAAAAAGAAUAGAAUUUAUUUCAGAAAGAGAGAGAAGGGAACAAGAAAGGAGAGAACAGGAGCGUAGAGAGCAAGAAAGGCGAGAAUUAGAAAGGCAAGAGCAGGAGAGAAAAGAACAAGAGCGCAAGGAGAAGGAAAGAAGAGAGCAAGAAAGGAGGAGAGAGAUGGAAAGAAGAGAGAUGGAAAGGAGAGAACAUGAGAGAAGAGAACAAGAAAAACAAAAAGAAAGGGAUCGUGAGCUCAGGUUACACCACCAACUACAGAAAGGUUCCAUAGUCAUGAAUGGUGAUAUCAGGGAUCAUCAUCUUCACCAUCCUCAACAUCAACAUCAUCCUCAUCACCAUGCUGUUGCACGAGAGUGGGAACGGGCAAGGGAUUCUCAAAACCUUCCCCGGUCUCCCAUUGUGCCCCCUAACAAUCCUGUCAAAUAUGAAGGGGCCUUAGAGAGGCAUGUCUAUCCUCCCCCGCCUCCAAGACUGGACAUAAAAAUCAAGCAGGAGCGGAAAGAUGAUGAGCCUGUUCCUGUUUCCCGAAGUUCUCGGUCGGGAGUUCCUGGGGAUGACAGGAUCCGUAAAAGGCCAGGUAGCAUACCUGACGGGGCGGAUCCCGUGUCCCUGGUCUCCAGGAGUGUUGUUCAUAACUCGGUGCCCCUUGGUCUCAAUUCUAUAGACCACUCAAGGUUAAUGGGUCCUCAUGGUCUUGUACCAUCUCCAGCAAAAGACCCCCAUUCACAAACUUCACCUCUAUGGGGACCUCUGACGCCAAGUCCCACUGUCACUACUAUCCCAGGAUCAACAAUGGAUCCAUAUCGAAUUCCUGGCCGGGCAGAGCAUGACAUGCGAAGGUUUGACCCUCUUGUCAUGUCUCCUAGAGAUUCUGCCAACAGUGAGAUAUCGCGUCAAAUAUCCAAUGUGUUAGAUCUGGAGCGAGCUGUCGCAUAUGAUCGCGCCAAAUUGCUCCCUCCCCCACUACGGACAAAUGAAUCUCCAUAUGCUACCCCGCCGACAUUACCACCAGCAUCCGCAUCUAGUUUCUUCUCACCUCCGGUGAGCCCGUUCCUCAACUCAUUAUGCGGGUCAUCAGGCCGCACGAAGCCUGGUCCUCCCAGUAUGCUGAAUGGACUGCCACCACCUCUCAUUCCAUGCACAUUUCCUGUGCAAAACCACACGGGUUUUCCUGCCACAAGAACUUCUUCUCCAAUGACAACACACAAACUACUCCCAGGUGGGCCCGUUUUGAAUCUUCAAGACCCAUACUUUGCCAAGGACAGACGAGAGGUGAACGGCCACCCAUCAGACUUUGAUGCACAUCUCCGGUUAUGACAGACGUGAAAGUAGUGGGAAGGCUUACCUAGUAUAUAUAAAUAUAAAUAUAAAAAUAUAUAUAUUAUAAAUAUAAAAAAUGAGGUUGUGUACAUAUUUUUCUUCUUGUACAUGUAAAAUACGCACUGAAUAACUGAUAGAGAGUACAGUCUUGACAAACCUAUCCCAAAUGUUCCAGAGAGUUUUUAUUAGGCAUAAUUUAUAUUUUGGUGUUAUGUUUGUUAUGUGAUCAAUUGCAGAAAUUGGAUUCUGAAUGAAUCGGGCUUUCGUAUUCAACGUCAUUUGCUCGUUGGCUGAAACAGUGUGUGUGUGUGCGCUUCAGUUCAUUUGGAAGCUAUUUAAGACAUUUGAAAGUGAUGUUGCAUAUUUGAAUAAAGAGAUGGAAAAAUGGGCAAUAUCUUUUUAUGUAAAAUGUAUAUUACAAAACCAACAACAAAUGACGUCAGUUUUUGAUUUUUUUAUUUUAAAUAACAUGCACAAUUUUUGUUGUAAAUAAAACAGAUCAUUAACAUUG